UUGAUUAAGUGUAUAAAACCUUUAUUCUGUAACGUUGCAUGGCCGUAAGUCCGUAACAAAGAAAGGAUUUGCCAUGGAAGCAGCUUUGAGCAUCUUUAAGCUCUCGUUCCUCUUAAGCCUUCUCUCCGGCGGUUCAGACUUUAUCGACUCGCGUUCCCAACCCGGACAAGUUGGGACGAUCCCGCCGUCGUGCAUCCGAGUAGAGUGUCCGAGUUACGAGUUGGUCUACGCCGGUAAUGGCUACGAGAUUCACCGCUACAACGCCACUGUUUGGAUUUCUACCGAACCAAUUCAGGGUUCCUCUCUUAACGAGGCUUCAGGAACCGGUUGGAACGAAUUGUCAGAUUACAUGAGCGGGAAUAACGAAUAUCACCAGAGGAUAGAGAGGAUACUUCCUUAUAUCACACAAGUCUCUCAGAACUUGAGUACCUUCAUGGUCUCUUUCUUCGUUCCCAAGGAAUACCAACCUGAUCCACCACCUCCGGUGAACAAUCUCCACGUACAGAGAUGGGAUCCGACGUAUGCGGCGGUGAAGCAAUUUGGUGGAUACGUGGCGGAUCACACUAUUGGAAAUAAAGUGGCGGAGCUGGAGGCGAGCCUACAAGGUACCGUAUGGGCCAAGGCAAUAGAGAAAAGCAGAGAAACCGGAUCGAACUGGGCCUACACGGUAGCGCAAUUUAGCUGGCCGUUCCAGUGGGAUCGUCGGGUCAAUGAGAUUUGGUUUCCGUUUGAAAUGGACGAUGAAGAAAUUGUCAAUAUCGUUACUCAGUGAAAAAACUUAUAUCUUUGCUAUUAUUCGUCGGUCAAGUUUGAGUUCUU